AUGACCCUACCAGAAGAAUCCGUUUCCUUUCCCACGCUGGAUGGCGUCACCCUCCGCGGCAGCCUGUAUCCCGCGCCAACCCGCGGACCGGCCAUCAUCAUGACUCCAGGAUUCAACUCCCUUCCUAGCAUGCUCGGCCUGCCGGACGUGGCGCACUACUUCCACCUGCACGGCUACACGGUGCUCCUCUACUCACCUCGCAACACCGGUACCAGCGACGGCAGCCCGCGCCAUGAGAUUGACCCGUCCCAGCAGACCUCUGACUACAGCGACGCCGUCAGCUUUCUGUCGACACAUGAACGGGUCGACCCAGCAGAGAUCUUCAUCUGGGGCAUCUCGUUCUCAGCCAGCGUGGCGUUGUGCACCGCGGCGCUGGACAAGCGCAUCCGCGCCGUCAUCGCCGUCGCACCGCUAACGGCCUUCACUCUCCCGCCGGACAAGCAACCUCAAGUGCUGUCGCGGUGCAUGCAGGAUCGCACCGCCCAAUUGCACGGGAAUGAACCCUUCUACCUCCCCAUGCUGCGCAAGGACGGCACCAACCCUGCCGGGUUCGGCACGGGCAUCGAUCGUGAGCGAUACGGACGCCUUGUCACCGCCGGCCGCGAGCUAGCCCCGGGCCAUGUCAAUCGCACGACUAUUCAGAGCUACUACAAGCUGAUCAUGUGGCAGCCGUUCCCUCUGUGGGAGACCAUGGUGGCUCCCACACCAUGCCUGUGGGUGAUCCCCGAGCUGGAUCAGCUAAGUCCGGCGGAGCGCCAACGGCAUUACUUUGACAAGAUGAAAGGGGAAUCCAAACAGAUGUGGCUGCAAGAAGGUGUUGGGCAUAUGGACGUGGUGCAGGGGGAGCAUUUGGAGGGGUUGAUGGGGGUAAUGUUCCGGUUCUUGGAGAAUGUCAUUCAGGGGACACUAUAA